ACGGUGGCGGCGGGAUUGCGGGGCAGAUGGUAGUGCGAGACAGGCGCGUUCGCCUUUCGUUCGCGAGGGGUUUUGUGUACGCGAGGGAGCGAGGGAGCGAGUGAACGAGCGAGCGAGCGAGCACGCGCGCGCGAACGGCAGACCAGAUACUUUCGAUUUCGUCGAGUGGGCCGGCUCUCGCCGGAGCCGUCGUGGCUGGCACUCCAGGAGGCGAACACGCCAGUCAUCGCGUGGUAGAGCGACGACGCGCGUAUUUAUCGAACACUCUUCGAGCACACAUCCGCGAACGUUGAAUUCAACGCGUCGUGCCGAUCGCUUGUCACAGUGCCGUGCGCGCAACGUGUGUGUGCGCGCGCGACGAGAGCUCAUUGCACCGCGGCACAGGUGCCUUCGAUUUACGUCAAUCAUUCGGCGGAGUGGAGAGCGGUCGCGAGAACGCGGCAGGUGAACGAGCGCGCGGUGCGCUCUCGUGAAACGUAACAAGAGACACACGAGUGCGCUCUCUCGACGGUAGUCGAAUAGGGAGACGGAGAGAAUGGAGUUGCGAUCGAUUUUCGCGUAGACCUAACGGAAUUCUCUCUCGCGGUGCGAGGGAAAACACCGACGGAGCCUAGAAGCAUGUAGAGAUUAUCGCCGAGAGAGAGAGAGAGAGAGAGAGAAUACACACGCGGAGCAGCAAUCGUCGUACUCUCGUCUCCGCCUUCGUCCACCUCUUUCGCCCCCGAACUUGCGUGUGCGCGCGUGCUCGACCGUAUGCUCAGCGUGUCAGUGGUCAUCGAUUUUCCAGCGAUCGUGUGCAGCCGGUACGUUUCACCGCCGGUGGCAACUGCAAGUGGAAGAACUAUGAAGAGAGGCAGCCGCACGAUCAGAAGGAACGCGUAGAACGACGUAUGUGCGUGCGUGCAUACGUCUCACGCACGCACGCACGCACGCACGUACGCACGCACGCAUCUCGUCGUCUCGUGUUGCGAAGAAGCCGGGAACGAGAAAGUGGGAGAGAGAGCGAAGAAGAGAGAGAGAGAGAGAGCAUAAACGUGGACUGUUGACGGCGCGCGUCCAACAUGGCUACCGCCGGUAGUAACUCGACGGUGAACGCCGGCAACGAAGCAAACGGCAGCAACGUGCCGCAGUGGAAACGCGACCUUAUACAACGUCGCCGUCAGCAGAGCAAGGUGCUCGCGAGCAGCGGCGCGAGCGUGAAGCUAUGCAGCGCGGUGAUCGGCACGUCGUCGUCGUCGUCGCCGACGACGUCGGACAACGGCGUGGAGCAGAGCGCAGCGGCGGUUCAAGAGCAUUGUUCGAUCGCCGGAGCUCUUCGCACGGUGCACUCGACGACGACGAGCAGCGAGGAUACCGCGACAUCGACCGUCGCGGUCUGCGGUGCUGGCGGUAGCGGCGUGUUGCUCUCCUCUCCCUCUUCGUAUCCAACCACGAGAAGGCCGUCGACGAGUGGCGCCACCACCGGUGUCGCUGCUGCGGUGGCGGCAACGACUGCCGAUUUCGCGUCGUCAGUCGCGUACAACAUGCGUCUCGAGGUGGAUUUAUCGCUCUGCUCGGACGCGGAGGAUGUUGUGAACGGCGCGCCGACCAAGUACGCGGACACGUCGGAACGGAAAUUGUCGGAGUACGUCGGUGACGAGAACGAGGAUACGCCGAGGAGCACGCCGGACGGCAAACUGUCGAGAGCGACCGUGAGGAUGAACGAGAGUAACGAGCGCGCGUCCUCGCAGCGCGACGAGAUUCGCGCUGUCAUAAGUGGACGCGGGAAAAGCUCCCACGGCAGAAGUGUCAGGACGUCGAAGGAAUUGUCGCGCAUGGCGCCGCUCAACCGCACGUCCAACGAGGAUGGGGAGAGCGACAGCUCCGAGGAGCUCCAGUACGGGCCGGGGAUCGUGAACAAGCUGAAAAGCAAGUAUCUUAACCUCACUCUACGCGAAACGAACAAGAGCCGCGCGUCGGUGCAACGGUUCCGGCGCGCGGCCAGCUUGGAGGAUCUGCUGGACCGCGACGACGACGAGGCGCCCGGACACGAAAAGACCGCUACCAGCAGGAAGUACGCGAAACGAAGCGGCAGCGGCGGCGGCGGCGUCAUCGCCCCAAAGACCGAUCGGUACCGGAACGCCGCCCGGGGCAAUGACUCGAUGAAGCGGGCGCGUAGCGUCGAGACCUUGAUGAGGUACAACAAUGUAGGGACAGACGACGUGACGACUGUGCGUCAGGUUUCAAUUACGCGUCCGGUAACGAACGGUGUGCGCCAGGAGCAGAUUAACGAUCACAUCAUUCUUGUAGACCGCACAUCCGUCAAGAUCGAGAGUCGCCUAGGCGAGCGCGAUCGGCCCAAGCCGAUCAACAAGCCCAAGAGGAUCAAGCCGGUGCUGGCGGAAACUGAGCGACCGCCUCCAGAUCUAGUCAAGACCACAAUGAGGAUCUUCGAAGGCUCGGCGAGAAAACUGAAACCCAAGGGCGAAGUUGCCGCGAAGGUCGCCACUUUCAAGACCAUCAACGACACAUUUAAGGCGCAAACGCAUAAAAAGCUGAUGCCGAAACCGCCGUUGCAACCGAAGCCCUUCCUCAACGGCGGUGCUCGCGCCGCAGUCAUCGGCUCUCCGAAGAAGAUCGUAUUGCCGCACAAGCCAACGGCGGAGCUGAUCGAGAAACAAGACGGCAAGGAGGAGUAUCACAUCGACGGCGUGAUCACGGAACCGAUCGUGCAGUCCGUGUCUUCGGUGGUGAGCAAGUUCCAACAGAUCGAGAAGUCGCAUUCACCCUCGCCGUCGCCGGAGCCCUCGAGCUACAAGCUGAAGUUCUCUCCGGCGAACAGUCCCGAGCCGCCGCAGACGUGCAAGUUGAAAUCCACCGCUCUGGAGAUCGCCGUCAAGUCGCCGCCGGUCACGCCGGUGCUCUCGCCAAAGAUCGCGUCGCCCAAACUGCAGAGUCCACCGUCGCCGAGCAAGGAUAUCAGGCAGAGUCUUUCUCCCGUCAAAGAUCCGAUACGGAUACAGAUCACAAGCCCGCUUCACAAACCGCCGCUGCCGAGUCCCGUUAGGGAGUCUUCGAAGACGGAAUCGGAAUCGUCGAAAGUCGCUUGUUCACAAAUCGAGGAGUCUCCGAGAACGAGCGUCGAGCACUCUCGACAGUCACAAUUGUCAGAAGCGUUCGUCAACACAGAGCGAAAAGAAGACACCAAACCAAGCCAUGUCGUGCCUGACGCUGAAGGAGAGGACGUUGAUAAGGAAGUCGUGGACGGAUCGAAAAUUAUUUCCAAGACCGCUCUGGACAACAUCGGCAAGGCCGGCAUAACGUUACAAUUCAACUUCGGUGACAAGUCUACGAGCGACAAAAGUUACUUACCGGGUGCGAAGCAGAACGAGCAGAACGCGGCUGAGAAGCGAGUUCCGGAGGACGAGCAUUGCGCGAGGACGGAGUCGAGAGGCAAGGCAAUUCCAUCGAGCGCACCCGCGAACAUCGUAGCGAUUUCGGAGGCGAGACUGCAGGAGAGGCUCGAUCCCGAGAAGGAACAGAAACUCGAUGUCAAAGAGAGCGUCGAGGAAAAGCUGAUCGUCGUGGAGAACAAGCCUAUCGGCGCUAUCUGCAGCUUAGGACUGAUCAAGCCCGCAACGACGACGUCGUAUCAGAGCGGCAACAACGAAACGAAGACGGUGAGGUGCCAGAAGAGCGAAAUUUCGCCGCCGCAAAAGCAGAUCGGCAUCAUACGACCGCUCGUCUCCACAAAAACGCAGCAUUUGCAACAGAAUCUGAGCAAUCGCGAGCUCGAGAAAAAUUUAAUCAACCGAGUGAAGAGCAUCGAGCAACCGACCAAGGUGGUAGUGAGUUUGAAAAGCGCCGACGAGAUACAACCGACGAAGAAGACGAGUGCGUCAGGCGGUGGAGGCGGCGGCGGUCUCUGGGAUACGAAGCCGUGGAACCAGCAGAACAACACGAUGGUGUUCAACUUCAGCAACCGAAAGGACGUGCCGGAUUACAUAGAGAACGACGGUCUCAUCAUCAGGAGAAAGCGGGAGAAGCCGAAGAUUGACGACAGUGGCGUAAUAGUACUGGAUGCUACUUUGGAUGCAUCCACAACCGACGACGCCGAGUGGGAAAUCUCCGGGGGUCCGCCAUCACCUUGCGACGUGUCGUUUCUCAAUGACAAUGUCCUCAUCAACGGGCGCAGCAACCUCUCGAGGACGCCACGAAAUCAUAAGCAUCGAAUACAGUUCGACGAUACGGCGACUCGUACUUUCGAAUAUCCGAGCGAAGCAUCGAUCCUCGAAGGCGAGACCAGCAGCGUGGAUGGCGAAACUUCCAGUUCCGUCGAGCAGCAAACCGCACCGAGCAACAACAAAACCGUCUCCUCGACCACCAGCUCGACGACGAGCAUGCCGUCCCUUUUAGGUGGAAGUGGAUUAGCCAGUUACACGCCUAGUAAAGUGGAUCUGACAUCGGAAGGCUUCGAGCUAGGCAUCACCCGAGCCGCGCCGAUGAUGGCUCCUGCUCCGACAACAGCCGGGGAAAAUACCGAUAACACGAGCGAAGUGGAAUACUUGAGACCGGCUCAAGACGCAGGCGCAUGGGGUUCAGAGACGACCGGAGAUCUUCUCUAUUAAAUGGAUCAAAGCAAGAUGUGUAGAGAGAGAGAGAGAGAGAGAGAGAGAGUCAAACGCUUUACCAUUACUAGCUCAACUGUCUUUUCGCAGCAAUAGAAUAAAAAUAACGAAAAUAAAGCUUAGAGGGCUAACGAAAAAAAAAAAGUAUUUUCUUCUAGCAGUGAUAAAAUCGUGAAAAAUUAUAAACAUGCAAGGAUCAAUAUUGUACCAAAGUUUAGCAACGAGUCUGCGACGAGUGCUCAAAUUUACCUCACGUGAUUGCGAGCGCUCGUCGUAGAUUGUUUAUUGAACUUCGGUAUCCAUUAAUUUAUGUGAUUUUUUUCAUUAAAUCAUGAAAAAGAGAUUGAAAGUGCGAUCUCCGCUCAUGAACGCAUCAUGUAUCGAUAGUAAAGUUUAUUUAGAUCGUUAAGUAAGAACCAACAGUAUCAUUCCAAGUAUAUGCAUUUACUUUAUAUCGUUACACUAUGUCAAAUGAACGGACUUUUCCUAUACAAUGAAUCAUCGAAACUGCCAAGAUAGAGUAGUGCUGCUUUUUUUUUUAUAAGGCACUCGAAAGGAAGAGCCCAGCGACUGAUACCUUGUUGUGUAUAAGAAGAAAAAAGAGAGAUAAAAAGCAUAUCAUCUUUCUGGCAUACUUUUACAAGAUAGAAGAGAAGUCGAUAGAGGAAUUGAGAGUUUUGUAACCUUUUUGAGAUUACUUUAAUCCUAAGCUGUGAACGUUCAAGCUGCCAGUAAAGGCCAGAAUUUUAAGCGAGUUUUUGUAGAAAACGACACAAACGAUUGAAUAUCUUAGAGAGAUUGGAGAACCAAUUAAAAAAAAAUUCAAGAAAAACAGUUCGGAUUUAGAUUUGUAAACGUUUUUGCCAAAGUAGAACGUAAGUCUACUUAGUAUAUUUAAUAAUGUAUUUGUACAAUAAGUGUCUCAAUUCGGCAAAACUGUAAGAAGUGUACAUUUCACAACAUCAUCAAUUGUACUGAAUGCAUGGCAAAUUAUAUUCUAAAUAUGCCUUGCGAAUGUGAAGAUCAAGCCAUUACAGUGUACGCGUCAUUCUAUAUUGAGCUCGCAUUUAUUUUCCAAGGAAUACAUAAUACAUAAAACUAUUAGCUUUCCAACGUAGAAGGCAUAGAAGAAAACGACGGUUUAAUGUUAGUUAUUAAUUUUAAGCAAAUUAAAUUUUGUAUAUACUAAAUUAUUAAUUGGGUCUUAACGAGCCAUCCAAAAUAAGUUAAUCGAAUCACGAAAAUUUGAAAAAUGAAAAAUUACAUUGCUUUGAGCAUGUUUUUUGUUUGUAUUACUUUUGUUCCCUUUGUUUUGUGUUAAUUUCUUCCGUUGUCUAUGUAGCAUUUCAAAUUAUCGCAGAUAUUCAAAAAUAUUGUUUUUGAAUCACAUAGGUGUAGGUAUUUAAUAAUGUACGAUUGUAGCAAUAUGUAGUUAAUACGAUUACAAUUUUAUAACUUGAACAGUGAACUGAUUCAAGCGGAAAAGUGCGAUAAAAGUAUAAUUUAUUACAAAGGUGCGUUAAAAAUAAACUGCUGCUACGUUUCUGUUAACAUGUCAAAUAUAUUUACUUUAUUAGAUGCUGCACCAGUUCACCGAAUAUUUUGUGAUGUACCGCAUUAUUUAAAAGACUUGUUCUUGUGUCACAGCGUUGUGUCUUACACUGUGAUAUUUUUGUUAACUUCUUUUUAGUAUACAAUUCUCAGCUUUUUUCAGACGCAGCGGUAUGCGAAUCGUCGGUACUGUUUGUUUGUUUCCCGUUGCUACAAUACAUGACCAUUGCAGGAAGCAAAAGAAAUGAUAUUUGUGCAAGAUUCCAAAUUGAAAACAUGUGUACAAGGGAAGAUGAAAAAGUGAAGGGAUAUUUUUCAAUUGACUUGAAAAUCAAAAAAAUUCCUUUACUUUUUAUUUUUCCUAAUAAAUAUCUUUUGUUUAAUUCGUCAGUUAUUCGCGUAAUUGUUAAUCGUAAUCUCCUUUGCUCCGAUAUAAAAGAGCUACAUAAUACGGUUUUGUAAAUUAUCAUUGUACAGUAUCAUGAAACACCAUACUUCAAGUAAAUAUUAAUAAGUGGAGACAAGUGUGAGGUGAUAAUUGAUAAUUGAAGCUUGGAUCUAUAUUAUUACUUUCUUGAAUAUACCUACCAUGUAAAAGUAAUCGUGUGAUGUACUGUCUGUGUGUUACAAAAUAUCGAGAUAAUAAAAGAGACAAUUACUCCUUACUUUUUA